AUGUUUAUUUCUACUCCAUACUUUUAUUUCAUUUCAGUACCACCACUACGCGCCAGAACUAUUGAUAUUCCUCCAAAUUCAACAUGGUCAGCAAAUGGUAUCACUGUUGCUGGAGGAAAUGGACGGGGCAGUGAAACCAAUCAACUCAAUCACCCAUGGGGUUUGUACGUCGACGAUGAUCAAACGAUUUAUGUUGCUGAUUGCGCCAAUGACCGUAUUGUGGAAUGGAAAUUUGGUGCAACGAACGGUACAGUGGUUGCUGGUGGAAAUGGAGAAGGGAAUGGAACUCAUCAAUUAUUUAUCCCAUACGAUGUGAUUAUCGACAAAGAGAAAGAUAGUCUCAUCAUUAGCGAUUACAAUAAUAAAAGAGUAGUUCGAUGGCCUCGUGGAAAUGGUACUCAUGGAGAAACAAUUAUUUUAAAUAUCGAUUGCAUCGGUUUGACAAUGGAUGACAAUGGUUCUCUCUAUGUCGUUGAUCAUGUAAAACAUGAAGUGAGACGAUAUAAAAUUGGUGAUACUCAAGGAACAGUGGUUGCGGGUGGCAAUGGAAUAGGAAAGCGUCUCGAUCAGUUCUGUUUUCCGGGCUACGUAUUUGUCGAUCGAGAGCAUUCAAUUUAUGUGUCUGAUCAGAGAAACCACCGUGUAAUGAAAUGGAAAGAAGGUGCAACGCAAGGCAUUCUCAUCGCAGGUGGUCAAGGAACAGGAAAUAGGAUGACACAAUUGAAUGAACCUGCAGGAGUUGUUGUCGAUCAAUUGGGUACUGUCUAUGUGGCUGACUGUUUGAAUCAUCGAAUCAUGCGUUGGCCAAAAGGUGCCACACAAGGAAAUGUUAUUGUUGGUGGGAACGGGGAAGGAGCAGAGUCAAACCAACUCAAUAGUCCCAUAGGUUUAUCAUUCGAUCGAUAUGGUAAUCUCUAUGUCGCCAAUCGCUGGAAUCAUCGAGUACAAAAAUUCAAUAUCGAAUAG